ACGAAACACGAAGGGUGACAGCUCGCUGCGCCCGUCCCAUUCGAACAUCGUCCGAAGCGAUUCGAGGCGGACAGAGACCGCGCCCCGAGUGCCGCCGCCGUCCGCAGGCCCCCGCGCAACGGCCUCCAAGCCGACCGCCCCCGGCAAACUUGCCACGACUGCAAAUUCUCGCCUUAAAGGUGGUGGCGCGGCCAUUUUGGAGGCGCCAGCUGUUUCGCGUGUCGCAUUAUUAUUUUCGGGCAGCAAAAUGAUUUGACCGAAGGAAGAAGAAGUCGAGGAGGAACAAUGACGGACGCCAAGGGCCACAGCAACGAGCCCGAGAUGAAGGGCUGGCUCUUCAAGUGGACCAACUACUUGAAGGGCUACCAACGACGCUGGUUCGUUCUCCAGAACGGCACCUUGUCCUACUACAGGUUAAAACGACUUAAAAAGGCGGAACCCUCCUCCUCAUCAGGGCCGACUAACAGACUCUCAAUGAGGAGGCGCCGCAGAUUGAGUAGAGCCGCAACCGUAGACGUCGAGAACCAGGCGGAAAUGGUGCACACGUGUCGGGGCACGAUCAGCCUGCACGGCGCCAUCAUCCACACGGAGGACUCGUGCACAUUUGUCAUCUCGAACGGCAGCACCCAGACGUUCCACAUCAAAGCGGCCAACGAGGUCGAGCGACAGCGCUGGGUCACCACCCUCGAGCUGGCCAAAGCCAAGGCCAUCAGGGCAAUGGAGUCAGAGGAGGAAGAGGAGUUUGAGAGCAACAAUGCAGUGUCGGAAAAGGAAGAGUUGCAGACGGUGUUGAAAACGCUGACGAGUCGUCUCGAGGACAUGCAGACGUGCAGCGACCUGAUGGCCAAACACGGCGCCGCCCUGCAGCGCGCCCUUUCCGAACUGGAGACCUCGGAGGGCUCUGAGGCUGCCGCCGCGGCCGGCUCCAAGCUCAAGGCCAUCGGGGAAAAGGCCACCCUGUUCCGAAUCGCGUCCAACGCCAUGAUCAACACUUGCUCUGAGUACCUGGACACGGCGCAGGCACAGGGCAAGCGUUGGCAGCGGCUGCUGCAGCACGAACGGGAGCAGCGGCAGCAGCUGGAGGAAAUGGUCGAGACACUUGCCAGACAACACUCGAGCCUCGAACAAGCGGCCAAAGAGGCCAACUCAAAUCGGCCUCCAGCCACAAACACCGCUGGAUCGCAAAAUCAAACGGCCAACGCAGUCAGCAAUCAAACGCCUGGCAGAAAUCCGAACCUGUCGCCAUCAGACGAAGAUGAGGAGAACGAAUUUUAUGACGCAAUGGAGGACACGGUGCAGCCCAAUUUCAUACUGAAAAUUCCACUAGGUCACCGGCGACCCUCUUCAGCUGGAUCGCAGAACUCCGAGGGCCACGGCGUCGGCGGCGACAAUCACGACGAAGGCUCCGGCUCGAGCUCUGAAGUGGACGAGGCUGCCGAGACCACGGUCUGUGUCAUCACCAGUGACAAAAGCAACACCUCAGCGUCGGCCGGCGGUCAGGGUCAUCAGAGUGGCCUGAAGGGAAGUGGCGACGAGGUUAUCGACAGCGCGCCAAGCACGCCCACUUCUUUGGUGCAAAAGAUGGGAAGCCACACGCCAAAACGGAUUCGCCGCACCAGAGUGCCUGAAAAACCCAACUACCCGCUCAACCUGUGGUCCAUCAUGAAGAACUGCAUCGGCAAGGAGCUGACCAAAAUCCCAAUGCCUGUGAACUUUUCCGAACCGCUGUCUAUGCUGCAACGCCUAGCCGAAGAUUACGAGUAUGCAGACAUUCUGCACAAGGCGGCCAAAUGCAGCGACUCCUGUGAGCAGCUAGCCAUGGUGGCUGCGUUCACCGUGUCCAGCUACGCCACCACCAGCUGCCGCACAGGCAAACCGUUCAAUCCCUUGCUGGGCGAAACCUACGAAUGCGACCGGACGGCCGACCUUGGCUGGCGCACAGUUUGCGAGCAGGUGUCGCACCAUCCGCCCAUGGUGGCUCAGUAUGGGGAAGGCCUCGGCUGGCGCUGCUGGCAGGAAUUCACCAUGGCUUCCAAGUUCCGUGGCAAAUACCUGCAGGUUGUGCCUCUCGGCACUGCCCAUCUCGAGUUCCUCAGUUCUGGCAACCACUAUACAUGGCGGAAAGUGACGACAACAGUGCACAAUAUAAUUGUUGGUAAACUGUGGGUGGACCAGCACGGGGACAUGGACAUUGUGAAUCACAAGACUGGCGACAAGUGUCACCUCAAGUAUAUUCCUUAUAGUUAUUUCACGAGAGACGUUCAGCGAAAGGUGAAAGGCUGUGUUAUGGACAAGAACGGCAGUGUCAAAUGGGUCGUUCAAGGCACCUGGGACAACAAAAUUGAGAUUGCGGAGGUUAUUAGUUCACAAGGCAACUCGGAAAACCCUGUCUUCAAGACAGGGCCGUACAAGGUGGCAUGGAAACGAAGACCUCUUAAGCCUGAUGCUGAAAAGUACUAUAACUUUACGGAACUAGCAUGCCAACUGAACGAACCUGAGGAAGGUGUUGCACCAACAGACAGUCGGCUGCGUCCAGAUCAGCGACUUAUGGAAGACGGUCAGUGGGACGAAGCAAACUCUGUCAAGUUGCGCUUAGAGGAGAAGCAACGAGGUGUUCGAAGGCAACGGGAGGCUGAGGCUGAGAAAGCCACUGCUGAAGAAUCGGAACGUCCAAGUCGACCAUACCCUCCAUACGAACCGAUUUGGUUCAAGCAGGAGACAGAAAAGGUGACUGGUGUGGUCGGAUACAUGUACCAGGGCAAGUACUGGGAGUGCAAGGAAAAGCAAGACUGGUCCAAGUGCCCCAACAUCUACUAGCAGUCACCAAGAUCAAACAGCUUUUUUUAUGUUCAAGCCAUAGAGAAUAUUUUUGUCUCGGACACUUUUUCUAGAAUGCAAGCGGACAAUUGUGUUAUUUUGUUUACUUUUUGUUUUCUGUCGUCGACUCAAGAACAAUCACCUGUAACCACAUAAUCAACCAGCCGAGUGUAGAUUUAGAUCCAAUUAUCAGCCAAGUAUAAUAAUAUUUAUCUCCUUCAAUAACUCUAUAUCGAUCGUUUCCAGAUACUUUCAGAUUAUAUUAUAUGAUCAUUAAAUUUGUUAAGUGAAUGAAGAAUUUUUAACUGUUAAUCUCUCUCUGAAUUUAUGAGUGGGUGCUGUGUAAAUAAUUUCCAGUGUGAUAACUGCAAAAUUCCAAGCGUGUAACCAGUCGCUGUUCCUCGAUUUUGUUUCUCAUCAGCAGUACUUACCUAAUCAGCCAGAUGCUUCUUGUCUCAUUAAGUUUGCUCGCUCGUUUAUUGGCUUUAUUGCUGCUAAAAGUGAUUGUUUGUUAAGCAAAAAUUAAGUAUUAAGGAUGAAGACUUGUCAAGUAAGUUAUAAACGAAGCCUUUGUAGUG